AUGGCUGAAUGUGCUCUCAGGUUUUCCUCCUCGAUAACCACAGAUCUCGGAGAAUAUAAGCUCAUGGAACUACCUUCUGAGGUAUAUAAGCUCAUGGAGUGUGUUGAUGGAGGCGGCUCCAGUUUGUCAGUAAAGGGAAACACAGACGAGGAUGCCGUGCUCUGCACCUCAGAUAAGACGUAUGCUAUUCGUUCCGUGGUUCUAUCAAACUCUGUACUCGUGACCACUCCUGGUCUGGAUAAGGAUGGCAAGGUCACUGUGGAGAUACGCGAUCAAUUGAACGAAGUUUUAGAACUUGUUCCAUCUGUCCCUCGACUCCACAAGUUGGACAGUUUGCUCAAACGUCGAGUGUACGACGAGAACGAUGAGGAGGAUGAGGAGGACGCGGAGACGAGUGGUUACGACAGUAACAACGGGCAGAAAUUGUCCUACGAUGAGGCUAAAGAGACUCUUCAGACGAGCGACCUUGAAUUGGCUGAAGGACUCAAGAAGAGACGAGAUCUCCGUCCCGUAGCACCAUCAUACCUUAAAACAGUACUUGAACUUCUCCUGACCCAUCUCGUAUCAUUGGCACAACCACAUGCAGCUGCGUCAUUGGAACAGCUCUCGUCUGCCCUGGAAUACGAAUACGAUAUCCGAAAGGAUGUUUGCACGCAAGUUGUAUCUUGGUUUGGAGACAUCGAGGAUGGAAAGUGGAAGAUGGACGUCCAGGCCGUUGUUAAGGAGAUUGGACUAGGAAUUUUACGACCGUUCCGAGAUGAGCCGAUUUCGCGAAGCGAGUUCUUGACAAAGUGGGGCAAGGCAGUCGGCGACACGUUCGAGGCCUCCAUCUCGCUCGACCUACUCUCGGGAAACUAUCUAUCGAGUAUGGACAUGCUGAAGAACGUUCCCGUGAUGAUGCUCACAUAUUUCCCCUCCUCUGAACUCCCCGUCGAUCCCGCAGCGCGCUUCAUCGAUCUCUUCCUUACUCGCUCGCGAUGGAAAGCAAACGAGAUCGCGCCCUUCCUCACAGACAUAGUGGUGGACUCGAAGGAACGAGACAAGCUCCUACUUCAGUUCGCUAGGGCAGUGACAGAUGCGGAUGGUGUAUGGUACACAGCGCGAGCAAAGUACAACGGGUAG